UUAAUCAUCAGCAAUGCAGCCCUUAACUGUACAGUUUAAAGGCAGACAUGUCAAUCAUUGGUAGCUGUGGAUACUGAAACGUUACUUGCACAAUAAAGAUUUAUUUUAGAAGACCAACUGCCCCAUGGUCUCACGUAACCCUCUGCGUUGAUCUCCAAGGUAUGUAGCAAAAGGCCACUGCGUGGGAGCAGGCACGUAUUUCAUUAGGCUCAACACAGCAUGUGACCGUUCCAAGUAAAUUCUGCUAGUACUGUACUAGAAACAGUUAGAAUAAAACAACACAAUCCAUCAGUCUGAAAAACCAUGGGCCCUAUUUGCAAAGGUUUAACUAUGUGAUAGACUAAAGAAUGCAGACGAAAGCUGGUAAUUCUACGCGUCUGCUUUGUAAUGGGUCUCUAAUUACUGCUUCUUAUUAGGCUAUUUCUGCAAGGUUAAAAAAGGUACUUUAAUGUACUUGAAAUGGUUUAGGCAUAACGACCAGAUUGUUUCAGUGUUUCUUCCAAUGGAAAAACCGUGAGCUCUUUUUUUAUUUUAUUUUUAUUUAAUAGCACCACGGCGCUGCAGUGAUCGCAGCUUUGUAGCGGGAAGUACUUGGCUUUCUUAUGAAACCUGGUCGUAGCGUUUUUAAAAGCAGCCCUGCUUCUCAUUUUACGAUAUAGGAAUGUUUUCAGGAAACCGUGCCUGAAUGGAAACCGUUGUUUUUUUUCCCUCUAAUUAACUGUGAAUUGUUCAAGGAAAAGCGUUUAGUAAAAGCCGAGCUGUCUGAGUGAAGGGAGUGACCUCGAGUUCUAAUCCCCGCUACUCACACACCCACACUUGGUUCUAAUCGUGCUGGGCAGUGUGUGGCUGGGAGUUCCUGGCUCCAAUCAGUUACACACAAUAUCCAUUUUUCUGUUGUUGCUCAGCCAGUCUAGGGUAGGGUCUGGUUUGACGUGUAUGUAGGUGAGCACGUUGUAACCUGGCUUCUACCACCCAAACACCCCGCUGCCUGCAGACACACAUUUCGUACGCAAAGGAAAACAUAUGACUUGGUUUUGAUGAACUGUGCAGGGAGACGUAUAUUGUAGCGCGUAUUUUUCUUUUCUUUGGCACUGUUGCCUUUUCUUUAUCUUAUAUUUUUCUUCUAUCUGACGUAUCUCAAGAUAUGGAUCAUGAUGAUGGUAGCUCGUUCAUGGAAGAUUUGAUUCAGCAGGGUCAAGAUGAGCGAGACAGAGUGCAGAAGAAGACUUUCACGAAAUGGGUGAACAAGCACCUGAUGAAGCACUGGAGAGCUCAGGCCCAGCGCCACAUCAGUGACCUGUAUGAAGACCUCAGAGAUGGACACAACCUGAUCUCGCUGCUGGAGGUCCUCUCAGGGGAGAGCCUGCCGAGGGAGCGAGACGUUAUGAGGAACUUGAAGUUGCCCCGGGAGAAAGGGCGCAUGCGUUUCCACAAGCUGCAGAAUGUACAGAUGGCACUGGACUUCCUCAAACACCGCCAGGUUAAACUAGUGAAUAUCCGAAACGAUGACAUUGCAGACGGAAACCCAAAACUGACCCUGGGGCUGAUAUGGACCAUCAUCCUCCACUUCCAGAUCUCCGAUAUCCAGGUGUGCGGGCAGUCGGAUGACAUGACAGCCAAAGAGAAGCUCCUGCUGUGGUCCCAGCGAAUGGUGGAGGGCUACCAGGGUCUGCGCUGUGACAACUUCACUACCAGCUGGAGGGACGGCAAGCUGUUCAACGCAGUGAUCCACAAGCACAGGCCGAUGCUGAUCGACAUGAAGAGAGUGUACCGCCAGACGAACCAAGAGAACCUGGAGCAGGCCUUCACCGUCGCAGACAGGGAGCUGGGGGUCACCCGACUGCUGGAUCCAGAAGAUGUGGACGUCCCCCAUCCUGAUGAGAAGUCCAUCAUUACAUACGUCUCGUCUCUCUAUGAUGCCAUGCCACGCGUCCCUGACGUGCAGGAUGGGAUCAAGGCCAACGAACUGGAGCUCCGAUGGCAGGAGUACUAUGAGCUGGUCACCUUGCUGCUGCAGUGGAUUCGACACCAAGUCAUAAUCUUGGAAGAGAGAACGUUCCCCAGCAGCUACGAGGAGAUUGAGAUCCUGUGGCGGCAGUUCCUGAGGUUCAAGGAAACUGAACUUCCAGCUAAGGAGGCUGACAAGAAUCGUUCCAAGCUCGUCUACAAGUCCUUUGAGGGUGCUGUGCAGGCCGGGCAGGUCAAGGUCCCUCCUGGUUACCAUCCCAUUGAUGUUGAGAAGGAAUGGGGCCGCCUCCAUGUGGCGAUACUGGAGAGAGAGAGGCUGCUCAGGACAGAAUUCGAGAGGCUGGAGAGGCUCCAGAGAAUCGUCAGUAAGAUCCAGAUGGAGUCCGGGGUGUGUGAGGAGCAGCUGAACCAGGUGGACUCUCUCUUACAGAUGGAUAUCCGUAUGCUGAAUGCUGGGAAAGUGCCUCAGAACUCAGGGGAGAUCGAGAAGGAGCUAGACAAAGCGGACGGGAUGAUCCGCCUCCUCUUCAACGACGUGCAGGCCCUGAAGGAUGGGCGCCACCCCCAGGCUGAGCAGAUGUACAGGAGAGUUUACCACCUCCAUGAGCGCUUGGUGGCUCUGCGCACCGACUACAACCUGCGGCUCAAGGCUGGUGCUUCACAGUCUUCGAUCACCAUGACUCAGCACAACAUGACUCAGCAGAGCUCGCGGCAGAGACCGGAGCUGGACGAUGUGACGCUGCACUACGUUCAGGACCUGCAGGGCUGGGUGGAGGAGAACCAGAGGCGCAUCGACGGGGCUGAGUGGGGGGUCGAUCUGCCCUCUGUGGAGUCCCAGCUGGGCAGCCAUCGAGGCUUGCACCAGUCCAUUGAGGACUUCCGCUCCAAGAUCGAGCGGGCACGCACUGACGAGAAUCAGCUGUCGCCUAUCAGCAAGGGUUCCUACAGAGAAUACCUUGGGAAGCUGGAUCUGCACUAUGCUAAGCUGCUGAAUUCCUCCAAGUCACGCCUGCGUCAUCUGGACAACCUCCACGGCUUCGUGUCUGCAGCCACCAAAGAGUUAAUGUGGCUAAAUGACAAGGAGGAGGAAGAGGUGAACUACGACUGGAGCGACCGCAACACCAACAUGUCGGCCAAGAAAGACAACUACUCGGGUCUGAUGCGGGAGCUGGAGCAGAAAGAGAGGAAGAUCAACAGCACUCAGGCUACGGGAGAGCAGCUGCUGAAGGAGGGCAACCCUGGCAGGAAGACUGUCGAGGCAUUCAUGGCAGCCCUGCAGACGCAAUGGAGCUGGAUACUCCAGCUGUGCUGCUGCAUUGAGGCGCAUCUCAAGGAGAACACGGCCUACUUCCAGUUCUUCUCUGAUGUGAAAGAGUCUGAGGAGUACCUGAAGAAGAUGCAGGAGUCCAUGAAGAAGAAGUACAGCUGUGACCGGACGGUCACUGUCACUCGUCUGGAGGACCUGCUGCAGGACGCCAUGGAUGAGAAGGAGCAGCUCAAUGAGUACAAAGGACAGCUGGCUGGUCUCAACAAGCGUGCGAAGGCCAUCGUUCAGCUCAAGCCUCGCAAUGCUGCCAACCCUUUGAAGAGCAAGCUUCCUGUCCAGGCUGUGUGUGACUUCAAGCAGAUGGAGAUCACUGUUCACAAGGGGGACGAAUGUGUUCUGCUGAAUAACUCCCAGCCCUACAAGUGGAAGGUGCUGAAUGCUUCCGGUAACGAAGCUGUGGUGCCGUCUGUCUGCUUCCUCGUCCCACCUACCAACAAGGAGGCCCUCGAUGCAGUCAGCAGCCUGGACUGCAUCCACCAGAAGCUGGUGACCAUGUGGCAUCGCCUGCACGUCGAUAUGAAGAGCAUGCUGUCUUGGCAGUACCUGAUCCGGGAUAUCCAGCAAAUCAAGUCCUGGAACAUCACCAUGUUCAAGACCAUGAAGCAGGAGGAGUACAUGCUGAUCCUGCGCAACCUGGAGCUGCACUACCAGGACUUCAUGCGGGACAGCCAGGACUCGCAGCUCUUCGGGGCUGAUGACCGCAUACAGAUAGAGAGCGACUACAGCAGGACGUCGCAGUACUAUGAGAGGCUGCUUCGCACGCUCGAGAAAGGGGAACAUGAUGAGUCCGUGUGUAAGAGCUUCAUCACCCAAAUGAAGGAUAUCCGUCUGCAGCUGGAGGGCUGCGAGUCCCACACCGUCCACAAGAUUCACUCUCCCCUCGACAAGGACCCCCUGAAGGACUGCUCCCAAAGGAUCGCUGAGCAGAAGCAAAUUCAAGUGGAGCUGGAGGGGAUCAAGAAGAACCUGAACAAGGUGACUGAGAAGACAGAAGCCAUCCUGGCCUCUCCUGAGCAGUUGGGUUCUGCCUCGGUCUUACGUUCUGAACUGGACAUCACCCUGCAGAAGAUGGACCAGGUUUACAGCCUGUCCACUGUCUAUCUGGACAAGCUGAAGACCAUCGACCUGGUGAUCCGCAGCACACAAGAGGCUGAGGAACUGGUUAAGAAGUACGAGGACCGUCUGAGGGAGGUCAACGAGGUUCCUGCUGACGCCAAGGAGCUGGAGACCUGCCGUACGCAGCUCAAGAAAACCCGCAGCGAGGCUGAGGGACGCCAGCCUGUGUUUGACGGCCUGGAGGCCGAGCUGAGCAGCGCUUCAGCAGUGAGCGAGCGCCUGUCCCGCGUGCACAACGAGCGCGACGCCGACCUGGAUCGAUACCGCCUGUGUGUGAGCAGCCUGCUGGAGCGCUGGCAGGGCAUCUUCACACAGCUAGACCUGCGCCAGCGGGAACUGGAGCAGCUGGGCCGCCAGCUCCGCUACUACCGUGAGAGCUACGACUGGCUCAUCACCUGGAUCACAGACGCCAAGCAGCGGCAAGAGAACAUCCAGGCUGUGUCCAUCAGCAACAGCAAGACACUGAAGGAGCAGCUGACCCAGGAGAAGAGACUACUAGAAGAGAUCGAGAAGAACAAAGACAAGGUGGAUGAGUGCCAGAAAUACGCCAAGGGGUACAUCGACACAAUCAAGGACUAUGAGCUUCAGUUGGUGACUUACAAAGCCAUGGUGGAACCACUGGCCUCUCCUGUCAAGAAGACCAAAGUGGAAUCUGCAGCUGAUAACAUUAUCCAGGAGUAUGUCACUCUGAGGACCCGCUACAGUGAACUGACAACCCUAACCAGCCAGUACAUCAAAUUCAUCACAGAGACCCAGCGACGCCUGGAGCAGGACGAGAAGGCAGCUGAGAAACUUAAAGAGGAGGAGAUGAGAAAGAUGGCAGAAAUGCAAGCCGAGUUAGACAAGCAGAAGCAGCUGGCCGAGGCUCAUGCCAAAGCUAUUGCCAAGGCUGAGAAAGAGGCCCGGGAGCUGAAGCUCAAGAUGCAGGAGGAGGUCACCAAGAGAGAGGCAGUGGCUGUUGAUGCUGAGCAACAGAAGCAGAACAUCCAGCAGGAGCUGCAGCAGCUCAGGAACAACUCGGUCACGGAAAUCAAGUCCAAGACCCAGCAAGUGGAGGAAGCCCUUUCGAGCCGCACCAGGAUUGAGGAGGAAAUCCGGCUGGUCAGGAUUCAGUUGGAGACUACCGUCAAGCAGAAAUCUAAUGCAGAGUCUGAGCUUCAGCAGCUGAGGCAAAGGGCUGAGGAGGCAGAAAGGCAGAGAAAAGCCGCCCAGGAAGAGGCUGAAAAGCUCCUCAAACAAGUGAAAGAAGAGUCCCAGAAAAAGCGUCAGGCCGAGGAAGAGCUGAAGAAGAAAGUAGAGGCAGAAAAAGAAGCUGCCAGACAGAAGCAAAAGGCCAUGGACGACUUGGAGAAACUGAAAAUGCAGGCAGAAGAGGCAGAACGAAGGAUGAAACAAGCAGAGAUAGAAAAGGAUAGGCAAUUUAAGGUUGCCCAAGAGGUAGCACAAAAGAGUGCUGCGGCAGAGCUUCAGAGCAAGCGCAUGUCCUUCGCUGAAAAGACAGCACAGUUAGAACAGUCUCUUAAGCAGGAGCAUGUCACCGUCACUUACCUUCAGGAGGAAGCGGAGCGUCUCAAGAGGCAGCAGGAGGAGGCAGAUAAUGCCAGAGAGGAAGCAGAGAAAGAACUAGAAAAAUGGAGACAGAAGGCCAACGAGGCCCUCAGGUUGAGGCUCCAAGCAGAGGAAAUAGCCCAUAAGAAGAGCCUGGCACAAGAGGACGCUGAAAAGCAGAAAGAGGAGGCUGAGCGAGAAGCCAAGAAGAGAGCCAAGGCCGAGGAAGCUGCCUUGAGGCAAAAAGAGAUGGCAGAGCACGAGCUGGAGAAGCAGAGGCAAAUUGCAGAGGGCACUGCUCAGCAGAAGCUAUCAGCUGAACAGGAACUCAUCCGACUGAGAGCUGAGUUUGAACACGGUGAACAGCAGAGAUCCCUGCUUGAGGAAGAGCUUUACCGCCUCAAAAAUGAGGUCAACGAGGCAGUGCAACAAAGAAAACUGCUGGAAGACGAACUAGCCAAAGUUAGGGCUGAAAUGGAGAUCCUCCUAGAGUCAAAGUCUAAGGCUGAAAAGGAAACAAUGUCUAACUCUGAGAAGAGCAAGCAGCUGCUUGAGGCUGAGGCCGCUAAGAUGAGGGAGCUUGCUGAAGAGGCCAUGAAGCUUCGGUCUGUCUCUGAAGAGUCCAAAAGACAGAGACAACUAGCAGAGGAGGAAGCAGCUCGACAGAGAACAGAGGCUGAAAGAAUCCUAAAGGAAAAGCUGGCCGCAAUCAACGAAGCCACACGCUUAAAAACAGAGGCAGAGAUCGCCCUGAAAGAGAAAGAGGCAGAAAAUGAGCGCUUGAGAAGGCAGGCAGAAGAUGAGGCUUACCAAAGAAAGAUCCUGGAGGAGCAAGCAUCCCAACACAAGCAAGAUAUUGAGGAGAAGAUUAAUCUUCUCAAGAAGUCUUCAGAGUCUGAACUGGCGAGGCAGAAGGCUAUAGUGGAUGAGACUUUAAAACAGAGGAGGGUUGUCGAGGAAGAGAUACGGAUGCUGAAGAUCAGCUUUGAAAAAGCCUCAUCUGGCAAGCUGGACCUGGAGCUGGCGCUAAACAAACUGAAAAACAUUGCAGAUGAGACUCAGCGUAGUAAGGAGCAGGCUGAGAAAGAAGCUGAAAAGCAACGUCAGCUGGCUCUUGAGGAAGAAAACAGACGCAAGGAGGCAGAGGAGAAGGUAAAGAAGAUUGCGGCUGCUGAAGAAGAAGCUGCCCGUCAACACAAGGCAGCUCAGGGUGAAGUUGAACGCCUCAAGAAGAAAGCUGAGGAGGCUAGGAAGCAGAAAGAACUUGCUGAGAAAGAGGCAGAGAAGCAGAUUCAGCUAGCACAACAGGCUGCCGAGAAACGCAUUGCUGCUGAAGAGAAGGCCCACAUUGUUCUUGUGCAGCAGAAAGAACAGGAGCUAAUGCAGACCAGGAUGCAGGAACAAUCUGCCCUGGAUAAGCUGAAGGACGAGGCAGAAAAAGCCAAGAAGAUGGCAGAAGAAGCAGAAAAGGCUAAACAGAAGGCACAGCAGGAAGCGGCCCGUUUCCGACAGCAAGCUGAAGAGGCUGAGCGUCAGAAGCAAGCAGCUGAAAUUGAAGCCACCAACCAAGCUGAGGCCCAACAUGAUGCAGAACAACGGCGAAAGGAAGCAGAGUUUGAGGCAGCUAAGCGUGCCCAGACUGAGGCUGCAGCUUUGAAACAGAAGGAAUUAGCAGAUGCUGAGAUGGAGAAGCACAAAAAGAUUGCAGAACAAACUGUGAAGCAGAAGACUCAAGUUGAACAAGAGCUGACAAAGGUGAAGCUACAGCUGGAAGAAACAGAUACACAGAAGGGUCUUCUGGAUGAGGAGCUGCAUCGCCUCAAGGAUGAAGUUACUGAUGCCGUCAGACAGAAAGCUCAAGUUGAAGAGGAGCUGUUCAAGGUCCGAAUCCAAAUGGAAGAGGUGAUAAAACUGAAGAUCAGAAUUGAGAAUGAAAACCAGAUGCUGAUGAAAAAAGACAAGGAGAGCACCCAACAGUUCCUGCAAGAGGAGGCAGAAAAUAUGAAAAAGCUGGCAGAGGAAGCUGCCCGCCUCAGCGUGGCGGCCCAAGAGGCUGCUCGUUUGAGGCAGAUAGCAGAAUCUGACUUGGCUCAACAGCGUGCCCUUGCAGAAAAAAUGUUGAAAGAGAAAAUGCAGGCCAUCCAAGAGGCAUCCAGACUGAAAGCAGAGGCAGAGAUGCUCCAGAGACAGAAAGAUCUAGCCCAGGAGCAGGCCCAGAAGCUCUUGGAAGACAAACAGCAGAUGCAGCAACGACUAGAAGAGGAGACAGAGGGGUUCCAAAAAACCCUGGAGGCUGAGCGCAGGAGACAGCUGGAGAUCACAGCUGAGGCUGAAAAGCUGAAGCUAAAGGUGUCUCAACUGAGUGAUGCUCAGUCCAGAGCUGUGGAGGAAGCCAAGAAGUUCAAGAGGCAGGCCGAUGAGAUCAGUUCUCGUCUCCAUGAGACUGAGCUCUACAACAAACAGAAAUUUGCUGUGGUAGAGAAGCUGGAGGUCCAACGACUCCAGAGCAACAAAGAAUCUGAUGACCUCCGCAGAGCCAUCGCUGAACUUGAGAAAGAGAAGGCAAAACUGAAAAAAGAAGCUGAUGACUUACAGAAGAAAACUACAGAGAUGGCAGUUGCCCAGCAGGAACAGAUCAAGCAGGAGACUCAUAUUCUUCAAAAGACUUUCAUAACAGAAAAGGAGAUGCUCAUAAAGAAGGAGAAAUUUAUUGAGGAAGAGAAAUCAAAGCUGGAAAAACGGUUUGAGGAGGAGAUGAAAAAGGCCAAGGCUCUUAAAGAUGAACAAGAGCGGCAGAGGAAGCAGAUGGAGGAGGACAAGAAGAAGCUUCAGUCCACCAUGGAUGCUGCUCUGAAGAAGCAACAAGAUGCCGAGAAGGAGGUCCGCAGCAAGCAGAUCGAGCUGCUGGAGCUGGAGAAGAAAAGACUGGAGCAGGAGAAACUGCUGGCUGAGGAGAACCGGAAGCUACGUGAGAAGUUGCAGCAGCUCCAGAGUGUAAAUGGUGGGGGGACAGUCGAUUCAGUGGGCAGCGGCAAGCAAAAUGGAGAAGCAGGGCCAGCUUUUGAUGGCAUUCGUGAAAAGGUCCCUGCCAGCAGACUUUUUGAAGUUGGAAUCUUGAGCAUAACUCAUAUGGAUAAACUGAAGAAAGGUAAAACCACUGUGGAAGAACUCGCCAAGACUGAGAACCUGAAGAAUUACUUGCAAGGAAAGAACAGCAUUGGAGGAAUCUUGCUAAAGCCAAACAAGAAAAUGAGCCUCUAUCAAGCUUUGAAGGAUAAAAUAAUUACACCAGGGACUGCUAUGAUCCUGCUGGAAGCACAGGCUGCCUCUGGGUACAUUAUUGACCCAAUAAAGAAUAAAAAGCUUUCAGUCAAUGAAGCUGUAAAAGAGGGGCUAAUUGGACCAGAGCUGCACAACAAUAUGCUCUCAGCUGAAAGAGCAGUCACAGGCUAUAAAGAUCCCUACACAGGUAACAAGAUCUCCCUCUUUGAAGCCAUGAAAAAGGGCCUAAUUAUAAAGGAACAUGGCAUUCGCCUGUUAGAGGCACAGAUAGCUACAGGUGGCAUCAUUGACCCAGUGAACAGCCACCGUGUACCAAUUGAGACCGCAUAUAAGCUGGGCUUCUUUGACACAGAAAUGAACAAGAUCUUGUCUGACCCAAAUGAUGACACCAAAGGAUUUUUUGAUCCAAACACUCAGGAAAACCUCACUUACCUGCAGCUGAUGGAGAGAUGUGUAUCAGAUCCCGAAACCGGUCUUUGUCUCCUUCCUAUAACAGAAAAAGCAGCCAAAAGUGAACAAACCUACACUGACGAAGAAACAAAAGAUGUGUUUAGAAAAGCCACCGUCUCUGUUCCAUUUGGGAGAUUCAAGGACAAGACUGUCACCAUAUGGGAAAUCAUCAACUCUGAGUAUUUCACAGAGGAGCAAAGAAGGGAUCUCAUUCGGCAGUACAAGACAGGGAAAAUCACUGUGGAGAAAAUAAUCAAGAUCAUCGUCACAGUGGUGGAAGAGGGCGAGAAAAAGAAACAAGUGGCAUUUGAGGGUCUUAGGGCUCCUGUCCCCGCGAAAGAACUCUUGGAGUCCAAAAUCAUUGACACAGACUUGUACAACCAGUUACACCAGGGAAAAACAUCUAUUAAGGAUGUGUCUGAGCUGGAGCCAGUUAAGAAGUGCCUGAAAGGUACAAACAGCAUUGCAGGGGUUGUGAUCGAGUCAACCAAGGAGAAGUUACCCAUCUAUCAGGCAAUGAAGAAAGACUUUCUGCAACAGGGGACUGCACUUGCUCUCUUAGAGGCCCAAGCUGCCACUGGCUAUAUUAUCAACCCAGUCACUAAUGAGAAGCUUACUGUUGAUGAGGCUGUCAAAGCACGUCUUGUUGGCCCUGAACUGCAUGAUAGGCUGCUAUCUGCAGAGAGAGCUGUGACUGGGUUCAAGGAUCCUUACACUGGAAGCACAGUCUCCUUGUUCCAGGCCAUGCAAAAGGACCUGAUUCACAAAGAGCAGGGAGUCCGUUUGCUAGAUGCCCAGUUGGCAACCGGAGGUGUCAUUGACCCGGUCAAAAGCCAUCGUGUUCCAGUGGAUAUUGCCUGCAAGCGUGGGUAUCUUGAUGAUGAGAUGAACAAGAUCCUUUUAAACCCAACCGAUGACACCAAAGGCUUCUUUGACCCUAACACACAGGAGAAUGUGACAUAUCUGCAGCUGAUAAAAAGAUGUGUCACUGACAAAGAUACUGGUCUGUGCUUGCUGCCCCUCUCAGAGCAAGCUAUUAAAGCCAAGGAAGAGCAGAAACGCUCUGAUAUCCAGACUAAAGAGGCUCUGAACCAGGCUACAGUGGAGGUGCAAUCUGGACCCUUCAAGGGAAAAAGAGUGACAAUCUGGGAAAUCAUCAACUCUGAGUAUUUGACAGAAGAACAAAGGAUUGAGCUGAUUAGACAGUACAGGACAGGCAAGAUGACUAUGGAGAAGAUCAUUAAGAUUGUGAUUACUAUCAUUGAUGAAACAGAGACCAAGAAACAAAAGCAGGUUAGCUUUAAUGGCCUGAGAGCUCCAGUCCCAGCCAGCUCAUUGCUUGACUCCAGUAUUAUUGACAGAGCUACAUACGACCAGCUCCAGCAGGGCAAGAAGACACCAAAAGAAGUCUCUGAAAUCGAUUCAGUGAAGAAAUACCUGCAAGGGACCAACAGCAUUGCUGGCAUCUACGUGGAGCCUGCCAAAGAAAAAAUGACCAUUUACCAAGCUAUGAAUAAACAUUAUAUAAGACCAAGCACAGCUGUUGGUUUGCUGGAAGCACAAGCAGCUACUGGAUUUAUAAUUGAUCCAAUGAAAAACCAGAAGCUCACAGUCCAUGAUGCUGUCAAGGCAGGUAUUGUUGGCCCAGAACUCCAUGAAAAACUUCUCACUGCUGAAAAAGCAGUAACUGGUUACAAAGAUCCUUAUACUGGAAAUAAAAUCUCUGUCUUCCAAGCAAUGCAGAAGGAUCUGGUCUUAAAAGAACAGGCAAUUCGACUCCUGGAAGCUCAGAUUGCCACUGGUGGCAUCAUUGAUCCUGUAAACAGCCACCGUGUGCCUAUUGAGGUGGCCUGUAAACGGGGGUAUUUUGACCAAGUAAUUAACAAGUUGCUCUCUCACCCUUCAGAUGAUACCAAAGGUUUUGUUGAUCCAAACACUAAUGACAAGCUCACCUACCAGCAGCUGAAAGAAAGGUGCAUUAGAGACCCAGAUACUGGACUCUGCUUUAUCCUACUCAAAAAGACAGAGGGACCGUCAGUGGUGGAGAAGACUUUUAUGUACACUGAAGAACAAACCAUGAACGAAUUUGACAAAACCCAAGUUGACAUUCCUCUUGAUAGCUAUGCUGAGAAGCCAAUGUCCCUGUGGGAUGUCAUGAACUCUGACCUAAUUCCAGAGGAGGAAAGGAUUAAACUUUUGGAAGAGUAUAGGUCAGGCAGUAUCACAAAGGAACGCAUGAUCAUUAUCAUUAUCGAAAUUAUUGAGCAGAGAGAGAUCAUUAGGCAUAAACAGAGCAUUUCUUGUGAUGUUAUUCGACGCAGGGUUACUAUUGAAGAAUUAUACAGUGCCAGGAUCAUUGACCUUGAAACCUAUAACUUGCUCAAACAAGGAAAAAAGACCAUAAGAGAAAUCAUGGAAACUGAGAUUGUUAAACGUUACCUGUUUGGCACCGGCAGUGUUGCUGGUUUUCUGGCCUCCUCAAAGGAAAAGAUUAGCAUCUAUCAGGCAAUGAAGAGAGGUCUGAUUAGGCCUGAAGUAGCCAUUGGUCUUUUGGAAGCUCAAGCAGCAACUGGGUUCAUGAUUGACCCAGUAAAAGAUGAAAUGUUAACUGUUGACGAGGCUGUUAGAAAGAAUGUUGUUGGGCCAGAGAUCCAUGAUAAGCUCCUCUCAGCUGAGAGAGCAGUUACAGGUUACAGGGACCCUUACAGUGGGAAAACCAUCUCCCUUUUCCAGGCCAUGAAGAAAGACUUGAUCUCUGAAGAGUAUGCCCUCAAGUUACUUGAAGCUCAGUUUGCCACAGGUGGCAUCAUGGACCCAGAAUACAAUUUCCACUUGCCAACAGACGUUGCCUUGCAACGUGGGUACAUGAAUAAAGAAACGAAUGAGAAGAUUUCUGAUCCAAGUGGGGAUGUCAAAGGCUACCUGGAUCCUGUCACAGAGGAAAAGCUUUCCUAUGCUCAGCUGCUUAAGAGAUGCAAGAUUGACAUGGGCACCGGCCUCCGUCUGCUAUCGCUGUCAGAUAAGAGGUUGAUGUUUAAAGGUUUGAGAAAGGAGAUUACCAUGGAAGAGCUCAUGCGUUCUGAGAUUAUAGAUCAGAAGACAGUUCAGCAGCUCCAGGAAGGUUUGACUACUGUUGAAGAAGUAAGCAGGCAACUUCAAAAAUACCUGGAAGGCACCAGCUGUAUUGCCGGAGUCUUUGUUGAAUCCACUAAAGACCGCCUUUCAGUCUACCAGGCAAUGAAGAAGAACAUGAUUAGGCCAGGGACUGCUUUUGAACUUCUGGAAGCUCAAGCUGCUACAGGAUAUGUGAUUGACCCAAUAAAGAACCAGAAGCUGACAGUCAAUGAGGCUGUCCUGAUGGGAAUUGUAGGCCCUGAGUUCAAAGAUAAACUGCUGUCUGCUGAGAGAGCUGUAACAGGUUACAAAGACCCAUAUUCUGGCAAAAUAAUUUCUCUAUUCCAGGCCAUGAAAAAAGGGCUAAUCUUAAAGGACCAUGGCAUCCGUCUUAUUGAAGCUCAGAUUGCUACUGGAGGAAUCAUCGAUCCAGAGGAAAGCCAUCGCUUACCAGUAGAGGUGGCAUACAAACGCGGCCUGUUUGAUGAGGAGAUGAACAAGAUCCUUUCAGACCCCAAUGAUGACACAAAAGGUUUCUUUGACCCGAACACAGAGGAGAACUUGACUUACCUGCAGCUGAUGGAAAGGUGCUUCACAGACCCUGAGACAGGCCUGGUCCUACUGUUUCUAAAAGAGAAGAAACGGGAAAGGAAGACUUCUUCUAUGUCUUCUGUCCGCAAACGCAGAGUGGUUAUUGUGGAUCCCGACACAGGCAAAGAGAUGUCUGUGUACGAAGCUUAUCGCAAGGAGCUUAUUGACCACCAGACCUACCUUGAGCUUUCAGAGCAGGAGUGUGAAUGGGAAGAAAUAACCAUCUCUUCCUCUGAUGGUGUGGUCAAAUCCAUCAUAAUCGACAGGAGGUCUGGCCGGCAGUAUGACAUUGAUGAUGCACUUUCCAGAUGUCUCAUCAGUCAGUCUUCCUUGGACCAAUAUCGCUCUGGCAGUCUCUCCAUCACAGAGUUUGCUGACAUGUUGUCAGGCAACAUGAGUGGGUUCCGUUCCAGAUCCUCCUCCAUCGGAUCAUCCUCCUCCUAUCCAAUGAGUCCCGUCCCAUCAAUCAGGACCCCUGUAACUACAUGGAAUGACCCUACUGAGGAAACAGGUCCAGUUGCUGGAAUCCUAGACACUGACACAUUGGAGAAGGUUUCCAUUACCGAAGCCAUUCACCGCAACCUAGUAGACAACAUAACUGGUCAAAGACUCUUGGAGGCCCAGUCUUGCACAGGAGGCAUAAUCGAUCCCAACACUGGGGAAAGGUUCCCUGUGGCUGAUGCUGUGAAUAAGGGGUUGGUGGACAAAAUUAUGGUGGACCGCAUCAACCUGGCCCAAAAGGCCUACCAUGGAUUUGAAGACCCAAGAACCAAGACAAAGAUGUCUGCUGCCCAGGCCUUAAAGAAAGGCUGGCUACACUAUGAAGCUGGCCAACGCUUCCUGGAAGUCCAGUAUCUCACUGGUGGGUUAAUUGAACCUGAUGUGACUGGCAGAGUCCAGCUUGAUGAAGCCAUCAGAAAGGGAACCUUGGAUGCCCGCACUGCACAGAAGCUCAGAGACGUGAGCGCUUACACCAAAUACCUGACCUGCCCUAAAACCAAACUGAAGAUCUCCUACAAGGAUGCCAUGGACAGGAGCAUGGUUGAAGAAGGCUCUGGACUGCGUCUACUAGAGGCCUCUUCAGAGUCAUCCAAAGGGCUGUACAGCCCCUACAAUGCCAGUGCCUCUGGGUCAGCCUCCGGAUCCAGGUCAGGGUCCAGAACUGGAUCAAGAACAGGAUCAAGACGGGGCAGCUUCGAUGCCACUGGAACGUCAUUCCCUAUGUCCUUCUCCUCAUCUUCCUACACCUCCACAAGCUAUGGUCGUCGAUACGACGCCGGGCCUCACAGUGGAUUGAAUUUGGAUCAGCUUGCACAAGCCCUAUCCGCAUUCAGUAGGAACUGCAGUCUUGAAGAAAGAGCGAUCUUCACAGCAGUACAACCGCUACACUCUACAGUGGCAUAGAUUAUAGGAAACAAAAAAAUACAUUAUUUAUUCUGCUCUACAUGUAGUUGAGUUUUCUAGGACUUUACUAGUGCUGUCUAAAUCGUACUUCCUUUCUACCUAUCAUUUCUACCUGUUCAUCCUCUAUUCCAAACCAAGCCAUUGGCUGAAAGAUUAAUUGAAUGCAGAAACAACACCUGUUUUUAUUGUUCUGUUUUGCUGGUCUUUUCAAUAAUAGCAUUUUAAUCAGUUUUAGCUUUGAAUGAAUAAUGUAACAGAUUUUUAUGACUGGCUACAGAUCAUUUCGCACUAUACUUGAUCAACUUUGAUCAAUUGCAUUUUCCAGCCUUAAUUUCUUCUAAAAUUAUUUUUAUUAAGAUUAUUUUCUCAUAGCCUCAAAGUACUUCAAAGUUAUCGAUUCAAUGACAAUACAGCACAUUUUAUGUUUAAAGAAAAAUAUAUAUAUAUAUAUAUAUAUAUAUAUAUAUAUAUAUAUAUAUAUAUAUAUAUAUAUAUAUAUAUAUAUAUAUGUGUGUUUGUAUUUCUGUAUAUGUGUAUGGGGAAAUGAACACAGGUCAAUUUAAAAAAUAUAUAAGAUUAAAUGAGAAUGACUGAAUCUAGCCAAGCUAACAAAAAUAAAAAAUGAAAGUCUUGACUAUCUGCAGAGCAGAAUAAACACACCAGCCACAUAAUGGACAACAAUGGAGAAAAGGAAAACACUGACAGUAAAUGCUUCAAGACACCACGCUUUUAUAUCUUCAAUAUCACACUGCCAGGUUUAGCCCUCUGUCAACCCAAAGCAAGGACUCAAGCAAGUGUGCAGCCUCCAAACUUCAUAGAUAAACACAUAUUACCUACAUUCAUGUACGGCAAGAAGUAUCAACAGCCUAUAACCUUCCUGCACCCUUCUAAGAAACCAUCCUGUUCUCUAUAGAAAUACAUACAGAUCAUGUUCUAUAGAAAUACAUGGGGACUCUCCACCACAGAGGCCAAAGGAUAAAGCAUGCCUGCUGUAGCUCAAGAAAGCAAAUAAGACUUUGGAAUGUUGGAUUUCUUCUGGCUUCAAUGAAUAUGGAUGCAGUUAGAAGCAGGAGCUUCUUGAACCCUCAGACUCUUCAGACCCUCCUAGGAAACACAGUAUGAUGGAAGUGGUGCUAGCAUACCUUUCCACUGCUUUACUGCAAAGGCAAGGAGCAGAGGGAGAGAUUCGGAGCUGGAUGUCUGAGUGUCAGGGUCCUCGCACUGGCCAAAGCUGCAACCGACUGCCUGCAUGUCAAGAGAUCCAGAUCUUCAUUCAAGCAUUCUGCUCCUUCUCCCACCACACCCCCUGCCUGAAGAGAAUUGAGACAUAUCACACCUUCGAGAAGCCUUGCGAUUCCAGGAACAAGCUAUAUGCACCCUGUCCUGACCUGACCGAACCCAGAAUCACUAUACACACUGCAGCACACUAAAUAGACUGAGAUAAGACACCUUGCACAUGCCUUGCUUGGAAAUUCUCAGAGCUACACUAUAUUACAUUGGCCAAUAAGACUGUCUCACCCCAUGCACUUUACAGGACCAGCUGAGGGUUAAUAUUGGCUGUGCUCCUUAUAUGGUAUUGACCCAAUAUGUAAAAUGACUUGUGUUACUGUACAUAACAAUAAAUGAUCCUGUUUGGAAACUUUCAAAACAUUUUGGAGGUCAUGUUACAAAAUGUUAAUUUACUUUGAAAAUGUCAGCAUUAUCAUUGCAAGGAAUCUCACUGUGUUUUGUGUAUCUCAGAUUUGAAAUGUUUCAACAUGAGUUUCACAUUGACAUGAAGAAGACAAAUCAAUUGGACAGUGCUGUAUGAGUGGAGUAAAAAGCUAGGAAGGUGAAAUAUUGCAAUAACUGGACUUGUAGGUUACACUUUGAGGUAGAUCAGGGAGGCACAUGUUCUCCAUUUCUAGAAUUCAGUGAACCCAUAGUGCUCCCUCAUGUGGCUGCACACAAACACACACACACACUGUGUCUGGUCCAUCAACACACUACAGAAUAGUGACUCACCAAAGAAAUGUGCCUUCUAUCCAAAACUAGAGAAGGAAUAUUGCCAUCCAUGGCAUGGCUUUUAUUAAGUGUUAUCUUUAAUCAGUUAUUUAGCAUCUGCUGUAGUAACAGGGAUCCAACAGUACUAUAAGAAGAAUUUGAAAAGCAAUAAUACCCUGUUCACUAAAAUCAGCCACUGCAGCUAAACGGUACUGUGCUACUGUAGUAACUGGCAUUCAGGACUUGCUAGUUUAUUUACCCCCAAAACCUUGUUUUUGUUUGUCCUGAAGGAUGUUAUAAAGACAAUGUUCUUUUUUCUUUAAAUCUUUAAAAUGUGGUAUUUAGUGAUUUUUUUUUUUUUUUUUUUUUAAUUAAUGUUUUAUAAUUACUGGUAACCCUUAUUUUAAAAUAGUGUAAUCUUGCAAUCAGUUUUAAUACAGCUUAUGCUGGGAGAAAAAUCAAUCUUGGCUUAGUACUGGUUUACAUUAUUGGGCCACUGGAUGUUUAAGAAAGAAUAUACUACAUGCAGUGUGCUUCAAAAUAAGUAAUAUCAUAUUUGUCUUUUGCUACAAAAUGCCAAAUUGUUUGUGAAUAGUAAUUGUUCAGUUUGUGCCACACAUUUUCUCCUUGAUGCUAAAUCUUAGUAAACAAGAGUAACUAUGCCUGCCUCACUCCUUCCUCAAGGAUCCAAGAGCUUUAGAAUGUGUUGCCUUUUGCAUCUUGACCUGACCCCAUGUGCUUUCCAAGUAGCAAUAGUUUUGUCAUGUACGUGCUCCUUCAAGCUACCUGACUUCUAUAAAUCAUAUGUUUUCGUUUUUCCAUCAUACUGUAUUUUUGAUAUUAUAUAUAAAGAUAUUUUUGCUUUGCAUGUUUUACUAACUCAGUAGUACAAUAUAUAUAUUAAAAAAAAAAAAAAAAACAGAGCAAGAUAAUAGUCAUUUUAAGUAUAUCUGUAUACACUUGUUCAAGCUGGUUUAUAUAAUUAAAAAAAUACAUAAUUAUUCAGAACUAACUGGUUGAUUUUGCCCAUAAUACUGAGGUUGUGUUGUUAUGGUUAGAAAGAAAAGAGAAAUCUGAUGUAUUUUUGAGUAUAACAUGACAAUCUAAUGUAAAUAAACCGAUGUGCUGUAAA